GGCCAUUUAUAUCAGAGAUGAAGGGAGGAAUUGCUCACUCCCAGUUUUCUCCAGCCUUUCGCAUCGUCAGCUUUCUUGAUCAGCUCAACCUCAGCAUUCGUCAGCUCGCGCCCUCCCCAGCUCCUCACUUGGCAACACAGACCCCUUCGUGCUAGCCUAGCUCUCUCAGCUCUCCUCAUCCGCACCUCGCCUCCACCUCAGUUCCUCGAGUCUAGGCCCUGAAAUUAGUGUCUCGUUCGCAGGCGCACAACGCGUCACAGGCUUCAAGAUCAGCUCAGCUGGCAUGGCGCUGUCGCUAGCGCGCACCCAAGCCCUCUCCACGUGCCUUCCCGCGGCGAGCCAUCUCUCGUUUCUACUCCUGCGCGCUUUGCAUCGCACCUCCGCACACCCGGCCGUACACCCGGCCGCCAAAGGCCAGUCCCAGCAGCCCUCGCAGCGGCAAAUCCGUAGCGUACACAGCGGCGGCGGCGCAGCUCCCCCGAUCCCUUCUUUCUGGAGCCCCUCCGCGGAGUCCACGACCGAUUCUGCGGAGCUUUCCGCCCUGGAAUGCGCGCUGCUCGGCGGUAGCACCGCGGGGUCGCCCGCAGUCGCCUGGCGAUCCCAUGCGACAGCGCAGGAGACUCUUCUAGAUAGCAUCUCCCAACAGCAGCAGCAGGCGACGCAACUGUCGGAGAACGAAGCAGUAUCGCUGGAUUCGGUAUUGCGGAUUUUCUCCGCCCCGAAGCCGAACCCUUUCAGCCAAUCGUGGGACGCCCAGACGACACCGUCCGACGCAACCCUCGCCGCGUUAUCGGAGCACACACUAGCGGGGAUGCCCGAGCAGGGAUGGCGAGCCACGUGGCGCGACGAAAACGUGUGUUCGACCGACGAGAUGGACUCGCGGCGAGGCUACGUCCAGGAUAUGCCCAUUCCUGAUUUUCUUGCUGCGGACAGUGCGGCGUUUCUUGUGGGGAGCGAGAAGAAUCGGUCGCUGCCGUCCGUGUCGAUAGCUGCCGGCGUGGUGUUCGAGCUGGAUGACUAGAUUGCUUGGAGACCUUAGCAGGACAUUCCUGCUUCAAGUUUUGCAAUUGUUGAGAAGAGUUGAGGGAAUUUGUACAGGCCUCUACUAUUCUUUCAUGCAUUGCAGCUAUAACUCUUGUAAAAAACCUAUACUCCAUAUAACGAAUUUGAAACUC